UAUAAGCACUGAGCAGUGAGCACGGGAGAUCUUCUGGAUUAGCCAUUAGUGCCUCUUGUCUUUGCCCAACAGAUUUUUUAUUUUAAAAACACUUGCUGAAAUAGGGUUCUGUUUUGGACUUUGGAGGGAAAACUUGCAGGGAAGAAAAUUCUAGAGAGAGAGAGGAAAUGUUUGCAAGAGAGAACGGGUUGAAUGGAGACCCAAGGCUGGAAGCCAUAUCUGAAGCGAUUAGAGUUGUUCCACACUUCCCAAAACCAGGAAUAAUGUUCCAGGACAUCACGACGCUUCUACUUGAUCAUAAGGCUUUCAAAGACACUGUUGACAUAUUUGUUGAUCGUUACAGAGACAUGGACAUCUCCGUUGUGGCUGGAGUUGAAGCUAGAGGUUUCAUGUUUGGCCCUUCAAUUGCCUUGGCUAUUGGUGCGAAGUUUGUUCCCCUACAUAAACCUAAAAAAUUGCCAGGUGAAGUAAUAUCAGAAAAUUAUGUGUUGGAAUACGGAACCGAUUGUUUAGAGAUGCAUGUUGGGGCUGUUCAGCCUGGGGAGCGUGCAUUAAUCAUUGAUGAUUUGGUAGCUACUGGUGGGACCCUUUGUGCAGCAAUUAGACUUCUAGAACGCGUUGGGGCUGAUGUAGUUGAGUGUGCAUGUGUUAUUGGGUUGCCUGAGAUCAAG